AUGCUUUCCGCGAGGACCGGGGUGCCCGUCAGGGCCGUCAGGACCCGCCAGUGCGCGGCCUUCCAGUCGGCCAGCCGCAGGGCGGUCGUCGUGCGCGCCGCCGCCACCACCGCUGACCUGCAGAAGCAGUUUGGCAUCCCCGGGAACGUCGAGUUUGUGGAUGGAAAGGCAGGCACCCCCACUGUCGUGCUCAAGCACUCGAGCGGUUCGUCCGCCCAGGUGUACCUGCAUGGUGCCUGCGUGACCAGCUGGAAGCAGGCGUCAGGCGACGAGGUCCUGUACGUGCGCCCCGACGCUGUGUUUGAUAAGUCAAAGCCCAUCAGCGGCGGCCUGCCCCACUGCUUCCCCCAGUUCGGCCCCGGCCCCAUUCAGCAGCACGGGUUCGCCCGCAACCUCGACUGGGAGGUCGGGUCCACCAGCGCGGACCUGCAGCCAGAUGAGAGGGACCCCGAGGUGGAGCUGGUUCUCACCGAGAACGACUACACCCUGAAGAUGUGGCCCCACAAGUUCAAGGCGGUGUACACCGUGACGCUGCACGGCGAGCAGCUGCGCACCGACUUCCGGGUCAUCAACACUGGCGACGCGCCCUUCACCUUCACCGCCGCCCUGCACUCCUACUUCGAGGUCCUGGGGGUCACCAAGGCCAAGGUUUCGGGCCUCAAGGGGCUGACGUACCUCGACAAGUCCAAGGACCCCAAGAACCCCGAGAGCAAGACUGAGGAGCGUGACGCCGUGACCUUUGGUGAGGGCCUGGUGGACUCUGUGUACCUCAACGCCCCGGAGCACGUGGAGCUGGACGUGGGCACGGGUGCGGCCAUCGCCAUCGACGCGACCGGCUGGCAGGACGUGGUGGUCUGGAACCCCCACCUUACCAUGAAGGAGUGCUACGAGAGCUUUGUGUGCGUCGAGAACGCAAAGACCGGCGAGGCCGUCACCGUCGCGCCCGGCGACAGCUGGCGCGCCACCACCAACUUCCAGGUGGUGGAUCUCUGA